UACACAGAAAUACGUGAAACACCCACCCCCAUUUUUCCACCAACAAGCAAAAUUCCCAAAUUUAAUUCCACAGAAAUUAGAGGAGAGAGAAAAAAAAUGAAGAAAGCCGGCACCGAGAAGAAGAAAGUCCGGCGAUCGGCCGCCGGAUCUAUGCAAAGCGGCGGCAGCGACACUCCUCCUCGGAAACAAGCUGCAGAGAAGGAUGUAUACCUGUCAUUUGCUGAAAAGGUGAGAGAUCAUAAAGAUUUAGAGUCAAGAUGGGCAGUUUUGCAGGAGACACGUGUUGAAUACUUCAGGGGGAAGGAUUUUGUCAGUUUCUUAAAAAGUCACAAAGAGGUCAGAGAUAUACUGGGUUUAGAUAGUAAUCUAGAAGCAGAAGACAUUGCUGAUGUUCUAUUGAAGAAAAACCUCAUUGUACGAUGUGAUCGUGUUGUAAAGACUCUAAGGCCGGGCAAGAAGAAGUUGUCGACAUGGCCUGCACAUUUGGAGAUCUUUCCUGUUCAAACUUUUUCAGACAAUGAUGCUUUCUUUGUAUGGACAUUCAUAAAGAGGCACCCCUUAUGGCAGACACUUCUUUCAUUCUCUUGGCCUGUUUUGACAUUAGCAAUCUGCUUGUUUCCCGUAUACCCUCACACAGCCAAGCUUGUGGUACUCUACUUGUGUGCUGGGAUUCUUCUACUUAUACUUUCCGUUCUACUGUUGAGAGCCACAGUUUUUGGUGCUCUUUGGAUACUUCUUGGAAAGCGCGUGUGGAUUUUCCCCAACAUUCUUGCGGAAGAAGCAACAUUAAGUGAAUUGUUCCGUUUUUGGCCUAAAAAGGACGAGGAAGAUUCACCAAAGUGGACUGGACGGCUUUUCUAUGCUGUAUUAGCUGUUGUGGUCAUAAUGAUUUUGAGACAUCAUGCUCCUGAUGAAGCUGCUCGAGCUAGGUACCAGAGACGGGUUUCUAACAUCAUUGACGAUGUCCUGGAAUGGUCCCCGAAACUUGCUAUCUCGGGAAUGAUGAAGCAACAACCCGAGGGAGUCAACGUGACAGACUUUCAAAACGAGUCUGCAAAUGGUAGUGGAUCAAGCUCCGAGGUGCCCCCGGCACCAAGUGACGCGGAUGUAGAUUUUGGCGAUGAGCAUGAGGAUGAAACUUUAGAUGAAACCGAGGAUAACAGUGGACCAUCGCAACAAAAUCAUGAAGGUGUAUGAUCCAUUUUAUGUUUAUUUUUUUUUAUCUUGCUUGAAACUUUUAAGUUUUAUGGUAACCAUUUUUGUUCGCUUUAAACGUGUAAAACUAUGUAUUUAAACGUGUGAUAGAAGACUAGAGGGUCCAGUUCUAUGAAGGUUGUUGUUAUACGUAUAAUGGUAGUGGAUACCGAGCUUUUAUUAGAUCGUUUAAUUUUAAUCGGAACGAUUAUGAUAAUAUUCUGAUA